AUGGUCAACCUAGUGACGGUUGAUGGGCAGACAUUCCUGGUGGAUGUGGGAUUUGGAUCAAAUGGCCCUGUGCAUCCAAUACUUCUGGAAUCGGGAUCCAUCAUCAGCAAUAUCGCACCUCGACGGGCAAGGCUCGACUUCAAGAAGCUUGCGCAGCACACCAACCCCAGCCAGCGCGCGUGGGUCUACUCGUCACAAGAAAAUCCCGAUGCUGAAUGGAAGGAAAUGUACUCUUUUGUGGAGAUUGAAUUCUUCCCUGAGGAUUUUAUGGUCAUGAACCUGUCGACUAUGAGUAGACCACAGAGUUACUUCGUCAAGACGGUGCUCGCCAUGCGGACCUUGCUGAAUACGGAGACUGGUGAGACGGAGGGUGUGAUGAUACUGCAUGGGGACUACAUCAAGCGAAAAAUUGGAGAUCAAUCUGAGAUCUUGGAACGACUGGAGAGUGAAGAGCAACGAGUCCAAGCUCUGGCGAAGUACUUCCAGAUCUUCCUCAAGGCAGAGGAGCAGAAAGCCAUCAGAGGGCUUGCUACUGAGCUGAAGAGCACACCAGGUCCAUGA